AUGUGGGGCGGAACCUCGACCCAAACCCCCGCUUGUCCCUCUCUCCCUAUCUCCCAGCCAUCGGAUCAGCGGCCGCGCAUAGCAGAGUGCUUUGACAAGCUGAUGGCGGAUGUGGGGCGGAACCUGCACCCCAAAUCUCACUUCUCCACCACUCUCAAUUCUCCAUUGUUUUGUCCCUUCAAUAGCCUCAACGGAUUCCCCUCUCCUCCUCCCCAAAAUCGCAGUGCCUCUCCAUCGGAUCAGCGGCCGCGCAUAGCCGAGUGCUUUGACAAGCUGAUGGCGGAUGUGGGGCGGAACCUCGACCCCAAGAACCGAGACAAGUUCACUCAGAACCUAACCAUUUUCCGGCACGACUUCCGUGCUAAGUAA